GGCCCCAACUCAGCGGUGGGGACCGGAGGCAACUACCGUGAGACGAGAAGGGGCCCCUGAAUAUUGCAAGACCGGCUGCGGUGCUUGCCUCUGAUGCCAACGCCGACUGACGGUGGGAGCUGCAACACCAGCGAGGUUCCAUAGAAACCAGCCAGGAGGGAAAAGGAUCCAGGGAAAAGCCCAGGGGCGAAGGUUGGUCUGACGUCUACAGAAAUCUGGCAAGUAUAGUGGUUGCAUGAGACAUUAAGGGAACACCGGCGCCGGGAGGGACACAAAAAAAGUUCCCAGGGAGGUAGAAAGGGGCUCUGUCUUGUGUUUCCUGACGCAUGCCGUUGAGUGUCCGGGUGCCCAGGCCAAGGCAGUCCCCUCUAUUAGGCAGGAUGGGAGGGAAAAAUUCAAAGAGCUCCACUCCCUUACAAUGCAUCUUAGAUAAUUUUGGCUCUUUUGCUACCCAAGCCGUAGCAGGGAAUCCAAGGGACCUGAGAGAUUAUAGACUGAGGAAUUUGUGUCAGGGAGAAUGGCCAGAGUUUGGGUUAGGUUGGCAAGUAGAAGGGACGUGGGAUCUGAAACUGAUCCGAACAGUGGAAGAAUAUUGUGCUGUGAAUCAUCCGAACCAGUGGGUCUAUAUUGCUACCUGGGAACGGGUAGUUAGAGACAAUCCAGGUUGGGUUCGACAGUGCAAGAAUGGCAAAUGUAUGGUGGUGAAGAAGGAAGGGAAAAAGAAGGAAGUUUUCCAAUCCAACGAGGAGGACUACCCAGACUUACAGUUGAGUGUACAGGCCAGACAACAGGAAUUACUGCCGCCACCCUUGCCACCGCCCCCACCCCAGGGAACAGUUUCCGGUGCACCUACACUAGGAACGAGACCCCCACCCUACUCUCCAGAGUCAACCGAAGCGGCCAAGAAACACUAUCCUAGCCUAGAAAAAUAUCAGGAGGAAACAAAGGAAAAGAAGAAGUCACAACGGAUGCCCAGUGAUGCUUCUCCGGCACAAACUCGGAGACAUGGAGCUCCGGUGUGGCCUGGUGAUUCACCGACCGGACCGGCCCUCCAGAUGCCCUUGAGAACGGUGCCUGUGAUAAACAACAGGAAUGAGAUCGUUCAAGCAUACCAGGUAGUGCCUUUCAGUAGUAGUGACAUUUUGAAUUGGAAAAAUAAUACUCCACCUUAUAGUGAAGAACCCCAAGCUAUGGCUAGGCUAUUGGAAGGGAUUAUGGCAACCCAUAAUCCCACCUGGCAAGAUUGCAGACAAUUGUUGAAUAUGUUGUUCACAUCAGAAGAGAGAAGAGCAGUGUUGAAUAAUGGGGUAGCCAUAGCCCAGGUUGGGGCCCCACAAGAUGGUGAUGCAGCCGAGUGGGGAGCACAGAGGUUUCCUGUGGAAAUAGAUCCCCAAUGGGACACCGCAGAAGAAGGACAUUUGCAGAGACUGAAAGGAUUCCAGCGUAUAUUGGUAGAAGCGGUAAAGAGGGGCCCGCCGCGACCCGUCAACAUUAUAAAAAUUCAGGGAGUGGUACAGGAAAAAUCUGAGUCACCAACAGCCUUUUUGGAAAGGCUGGACGCAGCAUAUAGAAAGUAUAGCCCGUAUAAUUUGGAGGAUGAAAACGGUAGGAGGGCGAUUCAACAGUCUUUUAUCAGUCAAGCGGCUCCUGACAUCCGGAGAAAGAUUCAAAAGCAACCAGGAUUUCUAGGAAAGACUAUGAAUGAAUUGUUGGCACUCGCAGAUCAAGUUUAUAUGGCAAGGGACCAGGUAGAAGAGGAGAAGAAGGACAGGAAGAAGAAGCAGGAAUACCAAGCAUUAGUCACCAUGAUGGAACAGAGUGCAAAUGGACAGAGAGGAAGAGGAGGAUAUGCCAGAGGGGGACAAGGAGGAAGAAGAGGGCCCCCUCGGAGGUUAGGUCGAGACCAAUGUGCUAAAUGUAAGAAGUUUGGACACUGGAAAGGUGAAUGCCCAGAAGGGAAAGAAGGAAGUCAGGAAGGACCGAGAGGAAGAGGAAGGCCUGAGAGAGGAAGAAACCCAGGAAGGGGAAGAGGACGUGGAAACUAUGUACCUUUUCCUGCGAGAGAGGUGAUAGCUGCAGCAGCUGUGAUGGAAGAAGAAUGGGAAGAUAUGGAUGGAGGAGAGGCUCUUGUUUUGUUGGACCCCGGGGAGCCGAUGGUCACACUUGAAAUCGGGGACCAACAAUUGGACUUUUUAGUGGACACAGGUGCCGAAAAAUCAGUAGUAAAUACAAAAAUUAGUCCACCAACUCGGGAAACUACGAAAGUAAUAGGGGUGUCUGGGAAGACCCAGAAGUGCCCCUUCCUCAAGGAACGCACCUGCAAUCUGGCCGGACAUCAGGUCAAGCAUAAGAUGUUAUAUCUUCCAGACUGCCCAGUCCCUUUGUUGGGAAGGGACAUUUUAUCAAAAUUACAAGCACAACUCCAGUUCAUGAAGAAUGGACAAAUGGAAAUAUCAUUUCCCAUGGAAGAGGAAUGGAGACUGUUUCAAGUUAGGAUUUUUACUGAAGAAAUACAAUGGCCAUGGCAUGAGACUCUUUUAGUAUGGGCAGAAGAUAAUCCUCCAGGAUUAGCUAAAUAUGUUCCACCGGUGGUGGUGGAAGUGAAAAGAGGAAUGGGACCCAUAUGUAAGCCACAGUAUCCCGUCAGUCGAGAGGCGGUGCAGGGGAUCAGAAAGCAUCUAGAGCGACUUCUGCAGCAUGGGAUAUUGGUACCAUGCAGUUCCCCGUGGAACACGCCCCUGCUCCCAGUCAAGAAACCUGGAGGACAAGGAGAAUAUCACCCAGUUCAAGAUUUGCGGGCUGUAAAUCAAGUCACCGUUCCCCUAACCCCAGUAGUGCCUAAUCCAUACAUCAUGAUGAGUCUAGUACCAGCAUUUGCCAAAUGGUUUACUGUAUUGGAUUUAAAGGAUGCAUUCUUUUGCAUUCGAUUGGCCCCUGUAUCCCAACCGAUCUUUGCUUUCCAAUGGGAAUCUCAGCAGUCAGGGCAAAGGACCCAGUAUGUUUGGACACGCCUUCCUCAGGGGUUCCGGGACAGCCCGACCAUUUUUGGUCAAGCCCUGGCCAAAGACUUACAGGAUUUUGUAAUACCUAAAGAAGAGGGAAUUUGGCUUCAGUACGUAGAUGACCUGCUUGUCGCUUGCCGGACACUAGAGGGCAGUAGAGAGCAUACUUUGAGGCUACUCAAGGAAUUAGAAAUGAAGGGUUACAAAGUAUCAAGGAAAAAGGCCCAGUUGUGCUGUCCCACGGUGAAAUAUUUGGGGUUCCAUCUGACCGAAGGAAAGAAGAUGUUAGGAGCUGAAAGAAAGGAAGUUGUUUGCGCCAUCCCCACUCCCAGUACCUGGCGACAGGUGCGGGAAUUUUUGGGAUCAGCAGGAUAUUGCAGACAGUGGAUCCCCAACUACGCCGUGUUGGCUAAGCCGCUGUACCAGGCUACGAGAGGUGGAAGAGAAGAUCCGUUUGAGUGGACAGAAGAAUGUCAACAGGCGUUUAAGGCAUUAAAAGAAGCAUUGAUGUCAUCUCCAGCAUUAGGACUGCCCGAUUUGGAAAAACCAUUCACUCUGUUCGCUGCAGAGCAGGAAGGAACAGAGGUUGGAGUAUUAACCCAACCACUAGGUUCAUGGCAAAGGCCGAUUGCCUACUUGUCAAAGCAAUUGGACACAGUGGCUCGUGGAUUGCCACCUUGCCUGAGGGCUGUGGCAGCAUCAGUAGAUUUAAUCAAAGAAGCGAAUAAAUUGACCCUAGGACAGCCACUGACAGUUAAGGUGCCCCAUAGCGUUAAGGCACUGUAAGACACUAAGGGACCGCGCUGGCUCACAAGUGAGAGGUUAAUGAAAUACGAGGGAUUGUUGUGUGACAACCCACUGGUGACCCUGGAGACUUGCUCCACUCUGAAUCCGGCCACCUUGCUCCCAGGAGACACCACGAUCCAUCAGUGUGCCCAGGUGAUGGACGAGGUAUUCUCCAGUCGACCGGAUUUGAAGGAUGUGCCACUGACUAAGGUGGACGACACUCUGUUCACAGAUGGAAGCUCCUUUAUGGAAAAUAAUCAAAGACACUCAGGUUAUGCGGUUGUCCGGUGGGGGGGAGAGACGCUGGAAGCAGGGUCACUGCCCCCGGGGACUUCUGCCCAGAAGGCCAAAUUGAUUGCCCUGACCCGAGCGUUGGAAUUGUCAAGCGGAAAGCGGGUUAAUGUCUACACAGACUCAAAAUAUGCCUUCACUACCCUCCACGCACACGGAGCACUGUACAAGGAGCGCGGGCUCCUCACGUCUGGAGGAAAGUGCGUGAAACAUGCUGGAGAGAUUGUGGAUCUCCUGGAGGCGGUUUGGAAGCCAAGGCAGGUGGCUGUGAUGCAUUGUAAAGGGCACCAACGUGGAGACGAUCCCGUAGUGCAAGGAAAUAGGCAGGCUGAUCUGGCAGCCAAAGAGGCAGCUAGGCUGCCCUAUAUUGAACAUCAGGUAAUGGCCCUACAGGUAGAAUUAACUGAACAUAACAUUACAUAUACACCAGAGGAAGAAGAAUGGGCCUUAAAGGAGAAGGGUCAGUGGUCAGGAGAACUCAUAGUGAUGCCAGACGCCCGUGUCUACGUCCCUAAGGACUUGGCAUGGCACUUAGUCCAACACAUGCACCAAAACACACAUUUAGGAAAAACGGCAUUGGCAAAUCUGCUAGGACGACAGUUAUAUAUCGAUGGAUUACAUAGCCUAACGGCAGCAGCAGCCCGAAGAUGCUGGACAUGUAUCAAAAAUAACCCCAGAGAAGGACCCCUCAAGCCACCAGGAGUCCAACAUGUGGGUGGGGUACCCUUUGAAGCUUUAGUCACUGACUUUACAGAAAUGCCCCCAUACAAAGGAUACAAAUAUUUACUGGUGUUCGUGGACACAUACACAGGAUGGGUGGAGGCUUACCCUACAAGGACUGAGAAGGCUGUGGAGGUGUCAAGAGCUCUAAUGAAAGAUGUUAUUCCCAGAUUUGGCAUACCCUUAGAAAUUGGAUCAGAUAAUGGCCCCGCAUAUAUUCAACAGGCCGUGCAAGGAUUAUGUAGAAUUUUGGGCAUAAAAUGGAAGUUACAUUGUGCAUAUAGACCCCAAUCUUCUGGAAAAGUGGAAAGAAUGAAUAGGACAUUAAAGGCUCAGCUUGGGAAACUUUGCCAAGAGACAGGAUUGCCGUGGACGGUGGUUUUGCCCAUGGCAUUAUUAGGAAUCAGAUGUACACCACACAAACGGACAGGACUCUCCCCUUUUGAAAGACUCUAUGGACGACCCCCUUUGAACUUGAAGGGAGCCUUAGAGACAGGAGCUGAGCAACACCUCAUAGGAGAGAAACAGACAUUGGCCCAGGUUCAGGCUUUGGGCAGACAAAUGCAGCAGUUAGAAAAAUACAUUUCUGAAUUGAACCCACCAUUCCCUACCACACCUCUACAUUGUUUUUCACCAGGUGACGAGGUUCUGGUCAAGGAUUGGAAGAUUGAGCCAUUGGGACCCAAGUGGCGAGGACCCUAUGUUGUGCUCCUGUCUACCCCCACUGCAGUGAAGGUGAAGGAGAUUAAGCCGUGGAUACAUUACACCCAUGUAAAACUAGCACCUGAGGAGUGGCGGACGGAGCGAGUUCCUGGUGAGGACCUGAGACUCAGGAUCAUCCGGCAACUCCCUAAGGGGUCAACAAGGCCAUGAAGCUGAUCCCUUCGGGUGCAACGGAGCGUCGGUGGUCAAGUAUGUCGCAGCAUGGCCCAACAAAGGCGCUCUCCGGGAGAUGGUGGCUAGACAUUUUGA